AUGCCUCGACCUACGGUAAGAGUCGCAACUGCCCACCUCGCGCCCACGCUUCUCGACCCCGCCGCCACGACCGCUACUAUCCUCGACACCAUCGCCCAAGCAUCCUCCCAGCAAGCCUCCCUCAUCGCCUUCCCCGAAUCCUUCCUCCCUGGCUUCCCAAUCUGGUCAGCGCUCCUGCCACCAACCCAUCACAGCACACACACCUUCUUCACCCGCUUUGCCGAAGCGUCCGUCUACGCUGACGGACCGGAGCUGCAGGCCAUCCGGGCCGCCGCCAAGAAACACCGCAUCAGCGUCAGCCUGGGCUUCAGCGAGAAGGCACGCUACUCGAGCGGCACGCUUUGGAACUCCAACAUCAUCAUCGACAGCGCCGGCGAGGUGCGCGUGCACCAUCGCAAGCUGGUGCCGACGUUCUACGAGCGCUUGAGCUGGGGUGCGGGCGAUGGCAAGGGCCUGGAAACCGUGGCCAUCGAUGUCGUUGACGCUGCGAAGGAUGCACAAAUUGGCACCGCCACGAGCCACGAGCCAUCAGCAGCCUCGGCACCGACCGACCGAGUCAACAUCGGCGCCCUCAUCUGCGGCGAAAACACCAACCCCCUCGCCCGCUACGCCAUGAUGGCCCAAGGCCAAGACAUCCACAUCUCAAGCUGGCCCGCCGUGUGGCCGACACGCAUGCCCGUCGCCACCGCCAAUGACGACACCGGCAACGCCACCGGCAAGAACUACGACAACGUGCUCGCCAACCGCCUCCGCGCGGCCGCGCACUGCUUCGAAGCCAAAUGCUUCGGCAUCAUGAGCGCCGCCCACCUCUCCGAAGCCAACAUCGCGACCCUCACGGCUCUCCUCCCGCCCGACGACGAAGCGACGAAAAAAACAUUCGACCACGCGCUCCGCCACACGAGCCGCGCCGCCAGCAUGGUCCUGGACCCCACGGGCAGUCCCGUUCCAGCCUGGGUCGUGGACGCGCAGGGCCGGCGUGAGGAGCGUGAGAUGCUGCGCGAGGAGGAGGCAGUGCUGUUUGCGGAUCUGAACCUCGAUGCCGGGGUGGAGGGGAAGCAGUUCCAUGACCUGGUGGGCGGCUAUCAGCGCUUUGAUGUGUUUGAGUUGAAGGUGGAUCGGACGAGGAGGGAGCCGGUUGUUUUUGGGGGGUUGGGAGGAGGGCCGGUAGGAUAG